AUGGACGACUCCGAUGACUUCGAGGUCGUGUUUGGGAACAAUUCCAACAUCGCAUAUGAGAAGCCAGUGGCCGAUGACAUCAAACAGAGACGUCGCUCUUUGGAGAAUGAGCUGUUCAUCGACCGGCUCUUGAAGGCCUUGGGAGUUCAGAAGGUCUCAAGAUCCUAUCCAGCAGAAUCCCACGAGGACCUCAGACUUCUUCAUGAACAGAUCAUCAGCAGCUCUUCUCCUGACCACCACAAGCACUCCGCGUUGUACUAUCUGCUUAAGGACCUUCACAAAUACAGCCAUCAGUCUCCCAGAGACUUUGCCAACUCGUCGUAUCUGCCGGGAAAAUACAGAACGUUCAUCGAUGGUAUAUGGUAUCUGGACCGAUUAGAAUUUGAGAAAGCUUUAGACUAUCUCACAGAGCCUGCGCUGGUCCCUACAUUUCCUGAAGAAAUACUAUACACUCUUUGUCGGCAUGCUCCCGAUGCUACUCUUCCCAUUGCCUACUACCAAACCGUCUCGCCUGCUAUCACAUCGGGGAAAGUUCUCGAGACCUACUGCCUGACCCUUUGUCGCGUCAGCAUCACUGAAUCAUUCUACUUCUCCCGGACGCAAGGCGAUCUGAACCACCGCGUUCUCUUCGAGAAGCUGAUAAACUUCGUCCAUGCAAGUUCGCACGGAGCAAUCAGAGCAACAAGAGGCGUCGAAUUGAUCGGCCUACCUCUAAGCGAGGAAGAAGAGUCUUGGUUCACGGAUUUCCUGGAGGAUGGGAAAGGGAGCAACUUGGCUGGUGCGAAUGAUACCUUGAUCAUGCGAGCAAUCGCAACCGGACGUUCAGAGUCCGUAUUACGAGAUCGGAGGAAGUGGAACGGCCAAAAGAUUGACGGAGUAGACUGGAACACACUAAGAGGCGGUAUGCGAAGUUCCUGA